AUGUGUGCUGUGUUUAGUGGAAUCUAUUGUCUUUGCUACUCAGUACAAUGCCUUGUAGUGGACAAAGAAUCCAGAAAAUGUAAAGUAAUCAUAGAUCAGUUUUUUUUUUUUGGUCAGAGAAUAAUCUCUUAGCAUUUCCUUGUGGAGGACAGUUAUUUUUCUGAAAAUAUAUGUUCACAUGUGUGAUACACACUGAUCUCAAGGGCAGUCUUCAUUACAGAUAUAUAUGUACUAAAAAUGGAUUCAGGCCAACAGAUUUCCAUUUUGACAGUACGAGCAGAGGAACCAGGAUCUUCUGCUGUUCAGGUCAUUGAGUUAUGUUCCUCAACAAUGACAUGCAUGAAAUGCACUUACUUGGUUCAUUUGACUUGUACAGCUUCUGAAACAGCAAGAGAAGAUUUAGAACCAGUUGUGCAGAAAUUGUUUACUCCAUGUACCAAAAUGGGAAAAAAAGAAGUUGAAAAGCCAAGACUCUUAAGGGCUCUUUACUUCAAUAUCAGAUAUUCUUCAGACAUCAGCAGGAUCUGUUACAAUAAUUUACCAUCCAAUGUUUAUGUCUGCUCUGGCCCAGACUGUGGUUUAGGAAAUGAUAAUGCAGUUAAACAGGCUGAAACACUUUUCCAGCAAAUUUGCCCCAGUGAAGACUUCUGUCCACCUCCACCAAAUCCAGAUGACAUUGUCCUUGGAAAAGGUUUAAAACUAGAGACCUCAGAAUCCAGGGUGAUAUUAGAGGCUAACUCAGAAAUUUCCAAGGAAAGCACAAACCUGGGGAACCCAGAGGAGUCCUAUGAAUAA